AUGGCGAAGCGGGCACACGAUGAGGACGCCGGGAGUGAAGAGCCUGUACCAAAGCGGCCGCGAACAUCUUCAACAGAUCGUUUGUCGUCACUGAGUGACGAGCUGCUUCUGAAGGUGCUCGCCUUGUUCUCAGUCUCACAGCUCGUAGUGUGCCAGAGGAUAUCGCACAAGUUCCGCAAACUUGCUGGAGAUGGGCAGUUAUGGAAAGCACAAUUCUACAACCGAUUCGUACGACCGCGAGCGAGCAGACUGCCUGGAUUGAAAGAGCAUGGAUCAUUCAACGAUAGUCUGCACUUUGCCUCCAAGUCAUCCAGAUGGCUGAAUGAAGAUUAUCUGGUCAAACGCGGGGGCACCACAGACUGGAAGCGGCAAUAUAAGCUCCGCCACAACUGGUCAGAGGGAAAUAGUGCUAUUCACGAGAUUCCGAUCGCUGAGCGCCAUUCUAUACCGCCCGUGCUUGUGCAGAUGUUCGAGGGAAUGGUAUACAUGGCAGAUCAAGACGAAGGACUACGGGCGUGGAACGCAAGUGCCCGUUCGAGACAGGUCUUUGCGCAAAUACCGUUGCCUUCGGCUAGGAUACCAAGACCGCCGACGUCGCUAGCAAUAGACGAUGAGAGCGUCAACGAGGGCACUACGCGUAUAUUGCUCGGAUAUCAAGAUGGGUCAUUCAGCAUAUAUGUCUUGAACCACGAGAGGCGCCAAUUCAGCUUGCGAUACGAACACGAGCCAUCAUCAAACGGCGUGAUCGCCGCUACAGCAAUGCGUUGGCCACAUGUGGUCACAAUGACUGCAACCCAGGUGCUAUCACUCUACCGCUUUCCGGGCGUAGAUCAUGAACACAGAUCUGUGCCUACAUCACGCCGAAAGCAAGCCGAGCUGUUGAAUCCGCCGCGAUUGCUGCACUCGUUGAAAUCGCAAUCUGUAUGGCCGCCUAUGUCCAUACAGCUGAGGACCACGCCUGCAGCUGUUACUGUCUGCGUAGCUUACGCUUUGCCAACAUACCUUUCAGGCUGGACUGUUGGACUGCAGGAAGUGAGCGUCAACACACAAGGCACACUGCUUCGUUCCCGCGUAGCUCAAGCCAUAGACCCACACUACCGCCCUUUGGCCUUCUCCAGCCGACCUACGAUGUCUCAUCUGAACCUACCGGCCAUCGAUUCAGUACCUGGACCCUCAAUAUCAGAGCUGAGGCAUAUACACUCGAAGCCGACCACCUUAUCGUAUACACACCCAUACCUGCUCGUGUCUCAUCCGGACAAUACACUAACACUCUAUCUUGUUACGUCAACCGAAGACUCUCUUUCGAUUGGCGCGGGCUCAAGGCUAUGGGGCCAUACAUCAGCAGUAUCGGGAGCACAUGUCCAGGCUCGUGGGAAAGCAGUGUCAAUCAGCAGACACGGCGACGAACUGCGGUUGUGGGAACUGGAAGGAGGAUUCAGCUCUUCUUCUGCUCGAAAGCGGCUUGCAAGUGGAGAUCUCAGUGUCAAGGUCAAGGCCGAAAGCAGCUGCUCGCCUGACCGAAGAUCCCAGAGCGGUCUUGAAGUUGAGAACAACAAUGUCGUGCGUGAUACUGGUACGCCGCCAGAUGAGACCAGUGAGCUCACGCUCACCCGAGGAUGGAUUGGAUUUGACGACGAGAGUGUGGUGGUGUUGAAAGAGCACAGCCAAGGGAAACAGGCCUUGGUAGUCUACGAUUUCACGUGA